CGGAGCUCUGCUGGGUGCGUUUGCCCAUGGGGAAUGGAUUUUGAGGCUAGGAAGAAGAGUGCGUUUUUUGGUGCUAGAGCCGUGAUGCGGUGCUGUAGCAUGAAGGGAAAAAAAAUCGAGGCUUUACUUCAGGACGGGUAGGAAUUGAUGUUCCGGUUUUUUCGAUUUCUUGGUCGCAGGACCGUGGCUUUAGCUGUUCAGUUGAAAUUGAAGUUUGGGUUCGAAAUGGUGGUUUUUUAGGGGUUUAGAUACUAUCUCUAGUGGUCUGGUCUGGUGGAUUGAGUUUUGGAUUGAUGGACAUGAGGCGAGGAUAGAGCUGCUGGUUGUUCUUACAAGUAACGACUGGAUUUGUCCUUCAUCACGUUUUAAGGCCAGCUAACCAAUAGUUUGACUUUCCUUGUGCCUCAUGGAUGAUGCUUGAAUCCAUGGCUGGAUUUUGCAGAUACAUUCGUAGGUCUUUGUGAAUUGAAGUGAAUGGAGGGGCAGCAUUAUGCAAUCUGACUGGCAAUCAUGUCCUAGAAUUCAGAGCAGGGUCGUUAGGGUAAACUGCGUUAUGGAUUCCGGCAACAGUUCAUGUUCUAGAACACGAAGUGGGCUUGUAAGGAGAAAAGGAAUUUUUGCCCCCAGUAAAGCUUCAUGUUCGAGAACACGAAGUGGGCUUGUAAGGAUAAAGAGCUUUGUUCAUUCCAGGGAUGGUUCAUCUUCUAGAACACGAAGUGGACUUAUCAGGAUAAAGAGUUUUGUGGAUUCCAGUGACAGUUCAUGUUCUAGAACAAGAAGUGACCCUGUAAGUGGAAGCCCCCAAGUUGUUGAGGACGAAGAAGUCUUGAAGGGUUCUUCUGAUGGAUGGGUGAAAGAAGACUCACCCAUGAGAACACGAAAUGUCAAAGGAAGUCCGGCUGCCAAGGCGGUGAUCACGGAUGAACCAGCGACGAAGGGGCUUUCUGAUGGAUGCUUGAAUGACGAAAUGCCUUCUAGAACGCGGAGUGGGCUUGUCAGAAGAAGACCCACUUUCAAGGGAGAAGACAUGCUUGAUGGAACACAAAGUGGGCUUAUCAGAGGAAGCCCUGCCAGCAAGAUUCUAAGCAAGAAUCAACCAGUCAUUAAGGGGUUGGCUGAUGGAUUGCUGAAAGAAGAUACACCUCCUGGAACUCGAAGUGGCCUUGUCAGAGGAAGCCUUGCUUCCAAGCCUCCAGUCGAGGCUGAACUAGUCACAAUGGCGCAACAUGAUGGAUGGCUGGAAAAAGACAAGCCUGCUGGGACACAAAGUGAUCUUGUUGGGGGACGACCUGCUCCCAAGACCCUACGAAAGAAUGGAAGAGUCAUUGAGGGGCUGCCUGAUGGAUGGCGCAAAGAAUACAGGCCAAGAAAGAUUGGAUCAUUUCAGGAUCCGUUCUACAUUGAUCCUAUAAGUGGAUAUGAAUUUCGCUCUUUGAAGGAUGUGCACCGUUAUCUUGAAACAGGAGAUAUUGACCAAUGUGCUAUGAAACCAAAGAAGGGCAGCACCAUCUAUGACAUUCAUAUAACAGAAAGCCAAAAUCUUACAAGUUCAUCAUCACAGCACACAAAGCCAAGUACCGCGGAUAAGGGUAUUCAGUGUGAAAUAUUAACUUCAGAAGGCAUCAUGAUGCCGUGGGAGGAUCUCGUUACCCCUUAUAGUGAAAAUGACACUGAAGAUACUGUGCUACCAGAGUCUGAGAGCUUGAAAGCAAUGCAAGGGUAUGUCGAUAAGCUUGAAACUUUGGAACACAUGAGGAUUGAACCAGUCUCUGCACAAUGUGGUACAACAGAGACCAAACCUCUUAAAAGGAAAGAACGAAAUGUAGAGGUGAGAUCCAAGAAGCGUAAAACCAAUCCUGCGGUGACAGCUAUCCGAGUGUCGCCUCGUUUAGCUGCACUGAAUGUUCAGCAGAAAGCAAUUAUCGAGCCUGAGGAUCAACCAAUUAAUGUAAAUCUUAUCAAUCGGGUACAUAGUAUAGAAGAGAACUCUAACGAUCAGUCACAAAUGAAUCAAUCAGGCACUGUGAAUCAGAUACAUCGUAAUCUGGAAAGCACUUCAGUUCAGUUACAGUUGAGCCAAGCAGACACUGCUGAAGGAAUGGAAGGUAUUCAGGAAACCACAACCAAUCAUUCACAGCUGAGCCAAGUGGACGCUGUGAAUCAUAUACAGACAAAUCAGGACAAAACUGCCAAUCAGGUGGAUUCAAUCCUAGCAGAUAUUUCUGUUGUGGACAGAUCCAUUAUAGACCAUGCAGAUAUUCCAAUACAGACAAUGCAGGGGUGCACUAAAGAUCCAUUGAGCCAAGCAGCCAUUGUGAAUCAUAUACAGACGGAUCAGGAUUUCACUGCUAAUCAAUUACAGUUGAGCCUAGCAGACAGUGUCAUUCCAGUACAGCCUUUUCAGGAAUACACUUUUAGCUACUCACAACCGGGCACAGCUGACACUGUAAAUCAAAUACAGGCCAAUCAGGAAAGCACUUGCGACCACUUUCACUUAAGCCAAGUAGACACUGCCACUAAAAUGCAGAUAAUUCAGGAGAACUUGACCAGGCAACCAAAUCUGAGCCAAGCAGACAAUGUGGGUCAGGCACACAUCGAUCUAGAAAGCACUAUUGAUUAUUCACAGCUGAGCAAGGCUGACACUAUAAACCAACUACAAGUCAAUCAGGAAAACACUGCUGAUCAGUUACAUUUUAGCCAGGUAGACCGUGUCACUCAAAUUCAGUUAAUACAGGGCAACAUGUCCAAGCACCCACAGCUGAGCCAAGACGACACUAUGGAUCGGAUACACAUCAAUCUGGAAAGCACUACCAAUCACUUGCAACCAAACUAUGCUGAAAAUUCUAUGCUGCAGGCUAGUUUCUCUUGGGCUCCUGAACAAAAUGGUGGGGUCGAUUUCUGGAAAAAUUUUGAAAAUCAGGACUCGCUGGUUCCCAUGCCAGUAGAAGGAGCAACUGUUGAAAGCUUUCCAGCAAAUGUUAGAUUCCAAAGUGCAGCAGGAACAGAAGAACCUGCUUUGCCGGCACAAUCCUCUGCGCCUGAAACAGGUUCUGAUCAGUCUGGGUUGCCCUUUCAGUCUCUUUUUGGAAAUGCCUGGUCAGAUCCUUGCAUUGAGUUUGCUUUCAAGACCCUUACAGGCGACAUUCCUGUUCUGGAUGACACGAGGGCUGUCACAGAAUGCUUCCCAGAGCAACAAGACUUGAAUAAAGACCCAUCACUAAAUUGUUCCGCUUCAGUUUUAGAUAAUACCAAGAACCACACACAAGUAGAUGUCAACCUCCCAGCACCUAUGCCAUCGGAUAACCUCUACAAUGGCAGUUGGUUCCCUCCCCCGUGAAUUCCAGGGAACCAAAAUAAAAAAAAUGCUAUAACAUUUUGUACCUGUGAAAGGCAAGUCAGAGGGAAAGCUAGUGGCCAAACCAAACCCAAAGCAUAGACUCGUACUCCUGUUACUAUGAUCUGAAUUUGUAAUCCCAGUUGGGGGUACAUGAUGUAAAAAGACUGUAGUUUGUUCUAACCAUUAGACAGUAUGUUAAUACAUCCAAGCAUCCAACAGGAUGCAGCUUUGUUGGAUCUGCUGGGAAGAGACUGUUAAGUAGCUGAUCUGGAUUUGAUUUUUUUUCCUGUUCUUUUGCUUCUGUGCAGUUGCCUGAUAGACCCAUUCGUUGUAAACGAGCCCGUCCUAAAUUUUUUUGUGCAAA